AAAAGUUGGGAGCGUGGCUUGUUUUUGUGCCGGGCGCCUCUCGGCUCAGCGCAUUCGUUCGGUCGAACAACAAGUCGGUCGGUGCGCGCGCGCCGACGCUCCGUUUUUACGCAACGUUUCCUGGAGCAGAUCGCACAGGUCGGCAGUUUUUCCCCGGCGGACGCUCGGAAAAGUUUGCCCGCAGAGCGUUCAGGACAUGGCGGGCUCCAGGAUGCGGCUGCUGUCGCACAGGAACGUGGGGCUGCUGCUGUCCGCGGGUGGAGGUCCGCGCUCCCGCCUACUGAUCUCUCCAACUCUGUCCUCCUCCUCUCCUCCUUCUCCCGGCAGAGCUUUGUCAAGUCUGAGUGCCACGCGGCGUGGGCUUCCCAAAGAGAAAAUGUCCGAGAAUGGGAUGUCCCGGGGCAAAGUGUUGACCAUCGACAACAUGAACCCCACCGUGAAGAAAGUGGAGUACGCGGUGCGGGGGCCCAUCGUGCAGCGCGCCGUGGAGCUGGAGAGGGAGCUCAGUGAGGGAAUGAAGAAGCCCUUCGCAGAGGUCAUCAAGGCCAACAUUGGCGACGCGCACGCCAUGGGCCAGCAGCCAAUCACCUUCUUCCGACAGGUCCUGGCCCUCUGCUCGUACCCUGAGCUGCUGAGCGACAGCAUAUUUCCAGAGGACGCCAAAAAUAGAGCACGCCGCAUUCUGAACUCUUGCGGUGGAAACAGCAUGGGUGCUUACAGCGCCAGCCAGGGCAUCGAAUCUGUGCGGCAGGACGUGGCCCUCUACAUCGAGCGGCGGGACGGGGGCGUUCCCUGCGACCCCGACAACAUUUACCUCACCACGGGGGCCAGCGACGGCAUCGUGACCAUGCUGAAGCUGCUGGUGUGCGGCGAGGGAGCGGCGCGCGCCGGCGUCAUGAUCUCCAUACCUCAGUACCCGCUGUAUUCGGCCGCGCUGGCCGAACUGGGGGCGGUGCAGAUCAACUACUACCUGAACGAGGAGAAGUGCUGGAGUCUGGACAUCAGCGAGCUGCAGCGCGCCCUGAACGAGGCCAGACGCUACUGCAACCCCCGCGCUCUGUGCAUCAUCAACCCUGGAAACCCCACGGGUCAGGUUCAGAGCCGGCAGUGCAUCGAAGACGUGAUCCGCUUUGCCGCAAGGGAGCGGCUCUUCCUCAUGGCUGAUGAGGUGUACCAGGAUAACGUCUAUGCCGAGGGGUGCCAGUUCCACUCCUUCAAGAAGGUCCUGUUUGAAAUGGGCCCGGAAUACUCAGAAACGGUGGAGCUGGCCUCCUUCCACUCCACCUCCAAGUGUUACAUGGGAGAAUGUGGCUUUCGUGGAGGCUACAUGGAGAUCAUAAACAUGGACGAGGAGGUGAAGGCCCAGCUGACCAAGCUGCUGUCGGUCCGCCUGUGUCCUCCUGUUCCUGGGCAGGCUCUGAUGGAUCUGGUGGUGAACCCGCCUCAGCCCGGGGAGCCUUCGUACGAGCGCUUCAUUUCGGAGCGCACAGCCACCUUAAGUGCCUUAGCAGAGAAGGCCAAACUUACAGAGCAGGUCCUUAACACCGUGGAUGGGAUCCGCUGCAAUCCUGUGCAGGGCGCCAUGUACUCCUUCCCUCGCAUCGCCAUCCCUGAAAAGGCCAUCAAAGAGGCCACGGAAAACGGGCAGCAGCCGGACAUGUUCUACUGCAUGAAGAUGCUGGAGGAGACUGGAAUCUGCCUCGUUCCUGGAAGUGGAUUUGGUCAGAAGGAUGGAACGUACCACUUCAGAAUGACCAUCCUGCCUCCGAGGGACAAGCUGAAGAUCCUGCUGAACAAAGUCCAGGAGUUCCAUCAGAGAUUCACGCAGCAGUAUUCCUAAACCGCCGCUCCCGAAUGACCACUUUCGCUCCCCCUCCACGUGAGGGAGGGGGGGACGUUGCCAACCGCUGUAAAAUGCGUCAGCCAGCGUGGGUUUAUUUGUCACUGAUUUGUGCCUUUUUUCGUUUUUUUUGGCGACCCCGUUAACGGAAGCACUUUGGCCCGUCAAACUGUCCGCUUUGGUUCUGCAGGAGGCGCCGAAAGCGAAGGAGAGGCCGUUCAGGCGCUCGCUGUGUUCUGUGUAGUGUCUUCAUGGAAGGAUGUGGGCUCUUCGUUUGUGGAGUCAUUCAGCCGCGGUCGUGUCGGGCUUGUAACCGGCAGAAGGAAAGGCUCUGCAGCCGAGGCGUUCCUGCAGACUGAGGCUGUAAAAGACUCUUGCAUGAAUAUUCAAUAGAAGACAUUUUGUAGAAUUAUAAAAGAAAAUGAAUGAAAUGACCUUUGCGCUCUCAUUCUUUACAGCGUUAAUACAUUGUUUACAUAGUUUUAAUCUUUAAGUGUUAAUUCUUUAACGGUGGUGUGGACCUUUUUGGCAUUAAAUGCUGUUUUGUUUCAUUUGUAUUAAUUUUUUUUUUUUUUGCUUUAAUUUACUUGUUUACUAAUUAAUCUAAUAUUAAAUAACAUUUACUGGAUGUUGAGCAUUUGAGUCCUUUAGAAGGAAAACUCGCAUCUUUUAGUCAUAGCCUUCUUCUGUUGCAUAUAAUAAGGCAGCCUGGAGGGGAAGUGAUUCAUUUUCAAAUGUUUGUGCUUUAUUAAAAAAAAAAAUCCUUUUGGGCUAAAUUAAAGAUUGUAUAAUAUUUGAAGGGAUUAUAACAUCUGCCUUUCUCUGUUUUUUUUUUUUUUUUAAUUGUGUUCUUUUUGGCUGUGAAUGAAUAAAAAUGACAAACGAAGGUGA